AUGGAUUUUCCUUCAAUUAUUAAUCGAAUAUACAUCUUUAUUAGCUGUUUAGAUUUUAUCACUGCGUUUGCAAUUCUGAUCCUAGUCUCUUUCUAUCACCGUCGAUGUUUUAAUUUUCCAACACUUUUGACUUGUAAUACUGUAUUUGCUGUUUUAUUAAGCUCUGCUAAUCAUAUAGCAAUAGCUACCUAUAUGUUUAUAUGGGAUCAGUAUGCAGAACCUAAAAUUGAUUCAUUGUGUGCAUUCCGUGCGUAUUUUCAUCAUUGUACUAUUGCUUGGGUUCAUCAUUCAUUUAUUUUAUUAGCUAUUGAGAGAUUUUGUAAAAUUCGACAAUUUACAAUUCUCAAAAAUCAACAGCGAAAGCUGUGCGUUGUACUUUUUCAGUGGAUAUUUGAUUUCACUUUUCCUUUACCUGUUUUCAUUACAGGUAAUAUGACAAAACUUGCAUCAGAUAAUGCAUGUUUCGUAUCAUUGAAAAGACUUGACUUGGCGUUUUAUAUGGCUGGAGUGUCUUUUCUACUAACCGAUAUUGUUUUAGGUAUAAUCUAUCGAUUAUUAGUUCGUCACGUACGUCAAGCUUCGGCAAGACUCAAUAAUAAUCAACAAGUGCGAAUGCAACGAGAUUUGACUGUGGUUCGUCGUAUUGUUAUACUAAAUUCUCAAUUAGUUGUAAUAGCAAUACCAGUCGUUGUUGUUAUCAUUCUUGCCUCAAUUCGUGCUGAUCUUUUACCUAACAGAAUAAUGCGUGUCUUAUUUCUGCUAUCGAAUCUACCUUAUACACCUAUGCUUAUCAUCCUUUUAUUUCUGACACCAGAUCUACGACAAAGUUUUAUCGACUGUCGGAAUAAUUUAAAAUGGUGUCGCCCAAGAAACAUCGCUCCUGUACAAACAAUAACGAUUACUGGUCGUAUUUGA